UCACAGCCAUAUGCGUUGAAUGACCAGCGCGUAAACCGCACGACAAGGCAACCAAUGCUCGAACAAGAACGUAUUGAUAGAAGAGUCUAAGAAGAGUUAAUACAAAUGUGCGAUCAACUUUUGAUAAGUCAGCUUCAUCAACAUCAAUUGCAGACUGAAAUAUCAAAUCAAUAAUGUUGGUUGACAGUUGAUGAGUUGUGAGGAACUUGUUGAAAAGCUGUUGCUGGCCACUAACCUAUAGCCUCAUCCUUUUUAUAAAAAGGAUGUAAAAUUUUCAUCAAAACCUUGUGAUUAUUAACAUUGUUUUGUGAUGGUGUUUCACUGUUUGACUCAGUUUGACUUUGGAGUGUCACAUACCAAAUAUUGUACAUAAUUCUAGAUGAUAAAGAAUCUAAAAGACCAUCUAGCUAGAUGAAAUUGGAUUAUAAUAGUGUAGUCAUUCUAGCUAACAAGAUAAUUUUACAUAGAUUUUUUAAAGUUAACAUGACAGAGAAUGUACACACCUACAUUGGAUAUGAUUCUACAUGUUCAAGGAGGAUACCUACUUCAUAUUAUGACUUCUGAGUGACAAAAUGUUUUAUUUCACACCAGUAAAGUUUUUAAUUUUCUAAUGAUUACAACAAAAGUUAUUAGACACUGAAGCUGUCAAACUAUAUAUGGGAAAUCAAAAUGUAUGAUUAAUUUUAAAAUUGAAAUGUUUUGUUAAGUCUGAUUUCUACAAAAUAAGCAGUUCAACAAAAUGGGUUUAUCAUGGAUCUGUUCAGGAAGUGAAACUUCUAAUCCACUGAAAAUACUUGGUAAUGUCUUCAUCGCUUUCAUAGGAGCUGGAAUUUUAGGACUACCUUAUGCAUUCAAAGAGGCAGGAAUAAUAGAAGGAACUGUACUUAUGAUAUUGCUUGCAGUUUUAAGUGUGAGAUCAAUGCUGCUAUUGCUAGAAUGUAAAUAUCACAUCAUUGCUGUCUACGAGUCUGAAGAUCAUCAAAUGGGAAUGAAGGAGGAUGGACUGUUUUCUUAUUUCUCUGGGUCUGGUGAAGAAACACAUGAUCUGCUCAAAGAGGAAGGGAAUCUCUUCACUAGGAUCAAAGAUUUUAAACCUUUUGUGAGUGAAGAUCUGUCUUAUGGUGAUAUUGGCUAUGAAUCUUUGGGUGCUAUUGGUCGUCUGCUGGUUGAUCUGGUGGUUGUAUUGUCACAAAUAGGUUUCUCUUGUGCUUACCUGAUAUUUAUUUGUAGAAACUUGUCUCACUUCUUGCCCUCGGUAGAAAUGGCCUACUGGCUGAUCAUAUUACUUCCACCUCUCAGUCUGUUGACUUUGUUCAGAAAUUUAAAUAGCUUGGCAGUCACAAGUAUAUUGGCCCAGUGUGCUAAUUUGUUUGCAUUCAGCAUUGUGUUCUGGUUUGACUUUCAUCAUGCCGCUAAUGUCAGCCUACAUCCUAGAGAAAUAGCCCUUGAAAACCUGCCAUACUUUGCAGUCAUAGCCAUCUAUUGUUAUGAGGGAGCUGGUCUAGUGUUACCACUUGAAAGUUCCUUGGUUAAGGAAGUCAGACCUCAGUUCAACAAGUAUUUUAUCUCUACACUGGUGGGUAUAACAGUCCUGUAUAUAACAUUUGGCAUCUGCGGUUAUCUGUCAUUUGGUCCUGACACCAAUCAGAUUAUCACAUUAAACCUUCCUCAUGGUGAUGGCUUCAGUUUUGCUGCUGUGGUCAAGUCCUGUAUGUGCUUUGCACUUUUCCUAACAUACCCAGUUAUGAUGUUUCCUGUAAUGAAAAUACUUGAGCAUUACUUUAUAAUUGAUGCUGAUAGGGCAAUAUGGAAAGGGAAUGUGCUGCGUGGGCUUGUGGUUCUGGUGACCGGUGUUGUGGUCAUCAUGAUACCCAACUUUGCUGACCUGAUGGCAGUAGUUGGAGCCAGCUGCUGCACAUUGACGGUCUUCAUCCUUCCAGCAGCAUUUCAUUUAAAGCUUCACAAAGGAUUGCUGACAAAAAAACAGAUGGCUUUAGAUUGGUUCAUCAUUUGUGUUGGUAUUGCUGGGGCAAUAUUUGGUCUGUGGGAUGCAAUACGAAGGUCCUCAGUGGUGGACAUUAUUCUAGAGAUUACAACACCAAGCACGGCAGGGACAUCUACUCUUGUUUCCAACAAUGUUACAACACAUGUUUCCCAGGCCAACACCAGUGAUUUUGUCUCUGCAGCCAUGACUUCAAUAACUACCACCACCAAAUCAGUGACUAAAAGUUUGGUUCAGUGGAAAUUCCAGGCCCUCACUACUACCUUGCUGCCUCCCAUUAAUAACAGCUCUUUGACUUAGCAUUAUAUCAAUUUGUUGUAUUGUUGUUGUAACUUGCCAGUUUGUACAUGAGUUAAUGUAUGAAGCUUUAAGGAAAACUGUACAUAUAUAUAUAUAUAAAUAGAUAGAUAUAUUUAACUGUUGAUUGUAUAUUAUUAAAUAAUGUUAAUAAUGUAUUACUUGUUGGUGGUAAAAAAAAAUAAAGUUCUUUAAUGAAAUCGUGCAAAUAGGUUUUAAAACAUUUUUUGUCCAGAUGCCAGUAAAUGGAAGAAAACAUUUUUAAAAAUAAAUAUUAGAUGUAGAAUAAUUAAAACUUUCAUUAAAUCAUUAAACUAGGAUUUCACACUUCAUGGUAGGUAACUUUAACACAUCCAGAGGCAAUGAUAAGUGAAGUUUCAUAUAGACACAAGAUUCUCCACUUGAUGGACGAUAUAAUUUUAUCUAAUUCAGUGAACCUCUAGUAUGUACAUUAUUCAUUAAUACUAAUAGAGAGCUUAACAUAGCAAGUGCUAGGGUGGGGAUGGAAGAACCCAGCAAUGUUUUCUUGAUUUUAAGUCCAUUCCACAAACUUAUGUAUUUAUUCGACAAUGCUUAUAUUUGGCAUUUUGAAGUAAUUAAAAGUAUUUUAAUUUU